CACGGAUAAUCGACAUACUAUCUUUCAAGAAAAAUGGGAUGCCUGACAAGUGAAUAAUUUUGCGUUACACUACUGACCUUCAUCGUAUCCAACGCCUCCUGUAAAAGCUAUAGUGACAUGUAUAUUCAAUGAUUUUUGUAACGACAGUAAUAGCUGUCGUUUGAAGUGACGUGUUCUUGGCUGGCUUCGUAGAUUCCCUCAUAAUAUAUGAAAUAACCGUGAAAAUAAAGGGGAAUUUCCAUAUAAACUUAAAAUAUCCUCAACACUAAACUGCAAAUAUUCGUAUAAUAAAUGAAGAAGUCAAAAACGUCAAACGUUAUUUCGACCAUAUCUCAGAAACAACUGAAGGACAUUCAAGGAUAUUUCUCACGCCAAAAUGGAAUUAGACAGGGAAUACAUGAAAAUGGGACUGCCUUCGGAUCAUUGGCGUUAAAGUCAAAGCCCUCAGAUAAUGAAGCCAUUAUAGAUUCCGUCUUAAGGGAUGUCAUCGACUUGAACCGUGAUAAGCUUCCGGAAUCAUCCUUGGUAAAAGUUCUCACUUCAGUAUAUCUAGACGCUAAAUCAAAGCUUGGAGCCAAUGUGUCACAGGAUACAACACAGCAGAGCUUGGUUUGCAUCUCCCAGAAUGCUCCUAAAAGUCCUUUAGAUUCGAAGAUGCCCGAUCCAAACAGCAAACUAAGCCAAUGCGCCAUGUCAGUCUCAGAAAAAAACAAACAUCAGUGGAGUGAAGAUGAAGCUAACUUGUCAACUCAAAUCACUCACAAAAUAUGGGAUAAACAACCUGGUUGCUUGGAUACACCUAAUUUUCGGAAACUAGAAGCUUUAAAUGUUGUUUCGGAUACUAAAGUCGAUUUCCCAACCGGUAAACCUAAUCCCGAGUCCACAGAAAAACUGUCUAAUUCGAACACAAUUAGCGACAAUCGGAUAGAUAAUAUUCCUGCUCUUACUCCUAUGGCUUUUGGUUCUGGACAAGAUGCUCAUUUGUCAAAACAAGAAGAAAAUCGUCGGCAGUGGAAGGCUGCAUUAGAUGAACAACUGAAAGAGCAACAACUUAUGCGAGGCAAAAAUCUUCAGGAACUGCAAAAGGAGUGCGAAUUCAAUAAAAUUCAGUCAGGAUCUUCUUCAAAUAACUGCGGACAUUGUGACAACUCAAAUGAAUUUCAUGGAUUAAGUAUAUCGAACAAUCCAUCUAACAGCGCAUUGGCAUCACAUCCUUCGGCUAGUCAUUUUAUGUCGUCAGGUUUCUUUUUACCUGAUUCAACUGUUACCAACGAUUUCCAUGCAUCAUCUAGAAAAAUGGAUACUCCUAACCAACCCUGGAAGGUUGGUUUUAAUCGUGUUCGAGGUUUUACUCAACAACUGUAUAUAGAUUCCUUGGAAUCCGCUGAACGUGCACGACUCGCUCACGAAACUAGAUUGAUAAAUUUGAAACAAAUCGAAGAAAAACGUCGUCUAAAAGAAGAAGAGAAAGCAAGACUCCUUAUGGAAGAGAAAAUGGAAGAAGAGCGUAUCUCACGUGAACGUCUUCGAUUACAACAAAUGGCCGAGGUUGAAAAUGCUCGAAAGAUAGCAAAAGAUAUGGAAGAAUUUCAACGUACACAAUACUUAUAUGAAUCACUUGUUCGCGCUCAAGAAGAAGCGAAGCUGACUAAAAUUCAAAAACAUCCAUGUUACUCAGAAUUAAAACGAAACAGGGAUUCAUUAAGUCAAAAAGCCGUCAUACAGUCUGAAUUACUUGUCCCAUAUUUGUCUAUUGCAUCUGAGGUUGAAAAACAGAGUCAAAAUAAUCCUUUGUAUGCUUUCCUAUCUUCAUCCGGUUGUAAUGCGCCAGAUUCUGUUGCAUAUCCUAAGAAUUCAUUGGCUGUUCAAACUUCGUUUCCCGAAAAUAUCGGCAUUCAAACAGAAAACUUCGAAUGGACUAAUUCGAAAGACAAACAAGUUUCGAAUAAUCCAGAUUCGAAAAAUCAAAAUAAUGGCACUCCUGCUCACAAACUAAAACCCAGUGACAACAAAUCAGUAAAGAAUAAUCUGAGUAAAAUGUCGGUAUCUGUGUCAAAUCAACAAAAACAACAGUAUCGACCAAAUCGAUUAACCUCAAAUUAUAAACCUACAAAUAAUAAUAAUUUAGUUAAUAAUAAAACAAAAGUAUCACAACUACUAAAAGGUAAACGAGUUUCAAAAUCUCAAUCAUUUAAUUCUGAUUCAUAUAAUAAUAAUAAUAAUGAUAAUGACUUUUCUAAAUCAGCCAAUGAACAAUCAAAAUUAUCAAGCAGUAAUAGCGCACAAACAAUUAAUUCAUUUACCGGUACGAAUAAGUUCGAAAGUAGAUCUGUCCAAGAUGGAAGUAGUAUGAAAUCACGUAUUCCCAUACCGAUAUCUACAGCCUACAGUAUAUCGUCAACUUCAAUGCCAAAACAUCAAGUUUCAACUAUCAACACUGAGUCUCUAAAUAAUACUACAUUUCUUAAUCAUGAAAAUCCUUAUGGGCCUGCGGAUCUUAUUCGUACUUAUGAUGUAUUGAUUCCGAAUGAUGCAAAUAUAAUAUUGCCUGUCAGUCAUGAACCUGGUGUUGUUGAGAAUACUAGGAAAUCAGAAGUCAAAGAUUCGCUUCGAAAUUCGAAUACAAAACAUGAGCGUUCAAUUACCCGACAAGAUACUAUUUUACAACAGUUAUCAGAAAUUCGUAAGGGUUUACAAUUACGUCAAAUGUUGUGUGAAUCAAGCACUUAUGAAGAUGAUAUUAAUUAUUAAAUGGAAGAUACAAUACAUGUGUUUUAUUUGUACGGUGAAUUCUACACGACAAAAGAAAUACAACAUAUCAUUUUACUAAUCACUUUUCUAUAUUUCUAUUUAUGUAUUAUGUAGAUUUUCUGUGAUGACUUGUAUCAUUAUUUUUUUUUGGUAAUUUUUUCUCAUGAGGAGCACAGUGGCAGAAAUAAUUCUGUCAUCAACAUAUCAGUAUGAUUAAUGCCAUUGACAUUUAAUUCUUCUAUAGAGUUGUUCAUUCAUUUUCAUAUAUUACUUUCUUCUAGUGUAAAUUGUCAUUUUUGAAACAGUCGACUGGUACUUGCAUUUAUCAACUUAUCACUGUUAGUUGUUUCAGCAUUGAAAGUAUUACUAUCCGCGGUAUACAGGACGUCAGGAUUAUUACUAAUACCAAAAUAUUCUUUCAUUUAGUUUUUUUCCGCUUUUGUUUAAAUAAUGUAGUUUGAUUCCAUGCAUUUCAUUUUUAGGAUUUUGAACGGUGUUAUAUAUUUUGAAAAUAUAUGUAAUAAAUUUAUUGACAAGAAUAUUUUCUCAAUUUUAUCGUCUGUGUAUACUCAUGCUCUGAAUUUUUUUUAUUUAUUUACGAUUAAUUACCAAAGGUUUAUAACUGUCGAUAAUCUGAUUAUGCAACCAGUCGUACUGACAAAGUUGCUAUGUCAGUGACAAAUUAUUUGCUAGGUGAUUAGUUUUAAUUAAUCUGCUUGUUUGCAAUGUCAGAUAGAUAAAAUAUUUAACUAUCAUGCGGUUUAUAGUUUACAGUUUGAGGUUGUAUCGAUUUAGUUGGGUGUCUUUUGUGUCUGUUUUCUUAUAUAAGUUGAAUCUAUUAGUUUGGAGAGAAAAUGUAAGGGAGUUUAGAUUCAGAUAUAAUUCUCUGACAACUUGUUACUUUUAUUUUUUUAAAAAGUUAACAGACUAACGAAGAGAAAACCCAACUGACUUCAUUCAUAAUUUAACGUAUUUCAUUUAGCGUUUGGCGUAUUUAACAGAUAUUUAAGAAACUGUCAUUAGUCAGACAAUUUCAUUGAUCUAACAUGCGUAUGCGGUAUCCUACUUCAGUGUAUAUGAACUAAAUAUAUCUGAACAAUUGCUUAUUUAACAUCAACUUCUUUAUAUGUUCUCAUUAAUUCUUGUUUGUCGUGCAUAAUAUUUAUUAAUUAAAUUAACAGUUAUAACAAUCUAAUUAUUAAUAUUACGAAAUCACCAACCUGAUGUGACUUCACACAUUUAUCUUCGAGCCACACUUUAAGUGUGGGGCUAGCGAUAAUAUCCG